GUACAUUUUAAUGCUGCUUUUUUGUUUAGUAGUUCAGAGAAGUGUGCCGUAAAUGCUAGUUUAUGAAAUACUAACACGAACAAAAGCUAAGAGACAUAUUAUCAACUUUCAAAAUAUAAUUCUUAUGCCUUACUUUUUCAGGCAAGUCAUCCAUAGCAUAUCGCCAACUCCUCAACUAUAAAAUACCCAUUCCUUCUCCUACCCGUUCUACUCCAACACCUAAUAUCUCAUCUUCUCUUACUCCAAAAAUGGCCUUCCCAUUAGCACUUCCAUUUUCGCUACUCGCCUUGGCAAUGCUAAUCGUAGCACCAGGUUCUAAUGCUGGUGGAAUAGCAAUUUACUGGGGUCAGAAUGGAAAUGAAGGUACCUUAGCACAAACUUGUGCCACAGGAAACUAUGACUUUGUCAAUAUAGCCUUUCUAUCAUCCUUCGGCAACGGCCGAAAUCCCAUGCUUAACCUAGCCGGUCAUUGUGAUCCAUACAGUAACGGCUGUACCGGGUUGAGUUCCGAUAUAGAAUCAUGUCAAUCAAAAGGCAUUAAGGUAAUCCUUUCUAUCGGAGGAGGUGCUGGCGGUUAUUCCUUAGCCUCUGCUGAUGAUGCUAGACAAUUCGCUACGUACCUAUGGAACAACUUUCUUGGUGGAACAUCAUCGUCGUCUCGUCCGCUCGGCUCCGCAGUACUUGAUGGGGUAGACUUUGACAUUGAAGGAGGAACAAACUUGUACUGGGAUGAUCUUGCAAGAUAUCUUUCUGCUUAUAGCAACAAAGGAAAGAAAGUAUACCUAACUGCAGCCCCGCAAUGCCCGUUUCCGGAUGCUUGGGUUGGAAAUGCCUUGAAGACGGGUCUUUUCGACUGCGUUUGGGUCCAAUUCUACAACAAUCCUCCUUGUCAGUACUCGUCCGGUGAUGUUGCCAAUCUUGAAGAUGUAUGGAAGCAAUGGAUUUCAGAGAUUCAAGCAAACAAGAUUUUCUUGGGAUUGCCAGCAUCUCCUCAGGCAGCAGGAAGCGGCUUCAUCCCUGUAGCGGACCUAACUUCCACUGUUCUUCCUGCAAUUAAAGGAUCUGCUAAGUAUGGAGGUGUUAUGCUCUGGUCCAAGUAUUAUGAUGAUCAAACUGGGUAUAGUUCUUCCAUUAAAAGCCAUGUCUAAGCUCUUUAAUGAUGUGUAUGGUGGCCUGAGUUCCUAGCAUUACUAUAUGAAUAGUUCUUAUACAUGUAUUAUCAAUAUAUGGAUCAUUUUCAGCUUUGUUGUGCUCUGUGUUGCACGGAAACUGUUGAAUCCUAAUACUUCUG